GUCACUCUCUAGAGAGUCUGGGGAACCUCACUUCCAACACCAUUCAGACAAUUAGCAGAAUGCUGUUCCUUGAAGCUGUAAGACAGAGAUCUCUAUUUCCUUGCUGACUGAGACUGUUCCCAACUCCUAAAGCUGGGAGCUGAGCUCUCUGUAGCAGCGGAGAAGGCGGCAGCAGCAGCGGCGGCAGCACGGCUAGGUCUCCCACCCCUUCACUCUUGGCUUUCUGCAGCCACCACUGCAGCCGCGCAGCGGGGGCUUCCUCCCUACAGCCAGCCGCUGGCUCCAGCCUGGUGCCUCUGUGAAGGAAAAGGGCGCGCGGAUUGGCGUUCCAGCCAGAACCAGAGAGGCUCUCUGCGACAACACCCGCUCCCUGGCCGACUUGCUUGGCAACAGCUGCUCCCCUGGUCCUUGGCUCACGCGCACGCCCCCUCCCGUGUCCGGGAGUAAUUUCUGGUGGCGGGGGCUUCAUCCUCUUCUUGGCUGGUGGGAAACGUGUGUCCAAGAGAGGAAGCCUAGUGGGCCCAGCCCCUGCCAGCCCAGUGCCGAUGAGUGCCCGGGCGCCAAAGGAGCUGAGGCUGGCGUUGCCGCCUUGUCUCCUCAACCGGACCUUUGCUUCCCCCAACGCCAGUGGCACUGGCAACGCUGGAGGGCGUGGCCCGGGCGCAGGUGGUGGCGGGGGCACCUGCAUCACGCAGGUGGGACAGCAGCUCUUCCAGUCCUUUUCCUCCACACUGGUGCUGAUUGUCCUGGUCACCCUCAUCUUCUGCCUCAUCGUGCUGUCCCUCUCCACUUUCCACAUCCACAAGCGCAGGAUGAAGAAGCGGAAGAUGCAGAGGGCUCAGGAGGAAUACGAGCGGGAUCACUGCAGUGGUAGCCGCAGCAGCAGGGGGCUACCCAGGCCAGGUGGGCAGGCCCCAACCCAUGUGAAAGAAACCCGGCUGGAGAGGCAGCCCCAGGACUCUACCUUCUCUGCCCCCUCCAACACCGCUUCCUCCUCCUCCUCUUCAUCCCCUGGCCUCCCGUGCAAUGGCCCCAGUACUUCAGCACCUCCACCGCCAGCCCCCAGUCCUCAAGGAGCACACGCAACCUCCUCCUGUUUGGACCCAGCUGGCGAGGGCCUUUUGCAAACGGUUGUACUGUCCUGAUUGCCUAGCCCCUCCCCCUCGUACCUAGCAUCUUUGGCAUCCUUUGCUUUUUGUUCCUCUUCCUUCCUUUUCCAUUGUCCUCUGUCUCCUCCUUCUUCCUUCUCUCGUUCCCUUCCCUCCCUUUACUGUUUCUCCUCCGCCGAGGCACUGUGCGGUAUUUGUAAAUAUUGGGCGAGGAAAGUCUCGGAAAAAAAGAAAUAAUGCUGAUAAUAGUACUUUAUUAAUAUUUAUAGUAAUUAUUAUGAUACUAAUAACACAAUCCAAGCGCAUGACAAAUCACAUAAUUUUUCAUUGUCAGUGAAGAAUGCAUUUCCCCUCUCUGUCCCAUGCCCCUCUCAAUAAAGGAGGAGAAACCGCACAAACUACCAAAUAUAUAAAAGGCAUUGACCUCCAAAGCGACGGGAGGUGGGAAGGGGGCCCAGUAAUGUUGUACAUAGCUGUCAAGGGUUAGUUACCUUCCUGCCCCCUCUGCCCCUCCCCAGCUUUCACUUUUCCUUUGGCUUCUCUUCCCUCCCCUCUUUCACCUUCAGCCAGGCUCAGGCAGUAGUCUAUUAUAAAGAAAACGUCUGCAGUAAGCACCAGGACUCCGAGAGGCCACAGAGAAAGUCCCAGAAAAACGCUAAUGACAGAUACCCCCUCUCCAUGUUAACUUUCCUCCCAGCUUUCUUGGUUAAUCACGACAUUUCCAGGACUGAUCCUCUUACUUUACAUUGAGAAAUCUCUCUCGCUGGCCGAGUAUAAGUACAAUAGAAUCUUUAACUGAGUUUUAAAAAGCUAAGGCUUUCGCUCCCUGCUCCGCCCCCACUCAUACAUCUUUGAUAUGUGGUGUUUUCAGGAUUGACAAAGGAUACGGGAGCUGUCCAUACAGGUCUGGUGCUGAAAUUGCCUCACCAUAAUGGUUACUUCCUCUGAUUGUGCAGAUGGAAGAGGGGCUGUUUAGGAAAGUGACUGGACUCCAAUUGCUCUUGGUUGAUUUCUUC